AUGUCACAUCUACGUAAAGGUUGGCGUAAGUGUGCGGCCAGAGAAGCCAAGGACUGGUGUUUAGAUCUACCGCCACUACAGAAACGGGCUGAGGAGGGGUUUUCGGUCGUGCAGAUAUGUUUUGAGACUAGAAAGAAAUGCGCAGGAUGCGAAUUCAGCAAUGGUGUUGAACUGAUAUCCGCCGGCAGCACUCUAGAUAUCAAAGCUCUUGUCUCCUACGGUGGUGGAAAGUUCACCACUAUCGGCUCAACACCACUUCCACCCCAAUUGAUACACAUAGCGGGGCUGCCAGAUACUCGUCGUCGUGAGUCGUGUUCGCUAAAAGAGUAUGCAUGGGUACUUCCAAGCGAUGAGAACUACCACAAGCAAAGCGCAGGCAUUGCGCACACGAGGAGUCUGACUUUUCUGAAGCCGUUGCUUGGUGGGCCAUUCUUUAAUCUGGGGGCGGUGUGGGAAGAGCAUACGAAGUUCAAGUUUGGGGAGAGAGAUGCUGCGAAACCAAUGGCUACAAUGGUGGACCAGCCGUAUGUCAAUCACAUACCGACUAUGACCGGAGGGGUGGGUCAGGAACGACUCACAGCCUUUUACACUCACCACGUUGUCUUCAGCAAUCCACCCGAUACUGCCCUCUCUCUCGUCUCACGCACCGUAGGCAUCGACCGCGUGAUUGACGAAUUCAUCUUCACCCUCACACACACACACACACACACACACCAAAGAAGAUUAUUGCCAGAGUACGUCCCUUUUCCAUACGAGACUGAGGGAGAGACCAAACCGGAGGGGAAGAGGUACGUGGUGAAAUUGCCGGUUGUGGGAAUGGAGGGGAGUAGGAAGUUGGUGGAUGAGAGCUGUGAGGAGAAUAACACAGUGAUGGGUGGUAGAUGGCGAGUGGUUGACGAUGUUUAA